UUGCUCUUAAUAGACGUGGGCUGAUGGCUCCUUCCUUGAUUGAUAAUUGUCACGGCGAUAAGAGCCAACUUCGCAAAACAUCUGGAAUCGGUUAUGCUUUCCUUUUUCCCAGUUCCGCACUUUCUCCGGUUACCAAUAAAUCAAUUUUGAUUAUCGAUCCUUGCCUCUAAAUCACUCUCUGCAACUGAUUCAGCAAUCAGCACUCCCCACUUUCUCUAAGCUAUGUAAUCGGUGCUUUGACUGACGGCCAAGCUUUAUCGGCCGCCUCUUCAAGUCUUCAUCAUCAUCAUUUGCCAUGGCUUCCACUUCCACAUCCACAUCCACAUCUAAGAAGAAAAACCUUCAUUCCCUUGUAGUUACUAACCUAAGCAAGCUCACAGUAACACUUCCAUCCUCCUCCUCUUCUGACUUGGAUCAACUUUUUAGUCCUAACCAAUCACCAUCACCAUCACCAUCUCCACAGGUGAUUCACAGUCGCUCCCAUUCUUUCGUGGGACCCUCCCCACGCUUCGUCCCUCCUUCCUCCUCCUCGUGCUUCCACGAUGUCAUCCAAGAAUCUGAGUCUGAGAGCGAAAUUGAAAGCAAGAUCGGGGUAGGUGAUUUUGAGAUACUGAGAGUGGUGGGACAGGGGGCUUUUGGAAAGGUGUUUCAGGUGAGAAAGAAAGGGGAUCGUGAUGAUGAUGGGAUUUAUGCGAUGAAAGUGAUGAGGAAGGACACAAUUAUCAAGAAAAAUCAAGUCGAUUAUAUGAAGGCUGAGAGGGAUAUUCUCACCAAAGUUUUGCAUCCCUUUAUUGUUCAGCUGCGUUACUCUUUUCAGACGAAGUCUAAGCUUUAUCUAGUCCUAGAUUUUAUAAAUGGAGGGCAUCUGUUUUUUCAUCUGUGCAGGCAGGGGAUCUUUAGUGAGGAUCAAGCAAGGUUUUAUGCUGCCGAGAUAGUAUCUGCUGUUUCGCAUCUUCACAAGUGCGGGAUUGUGCAUCGUGAUCUUAAACCUGAAAACAUUCUAAUGGAUGCUGAUGGGCAUGUUAUGCUAACUGAUUUUGGGUUGGCAAAAGAAAUUGACGAAUCAAGUAGGUCAAAUUCAUUCUGUGGGACUACAGAAUACAUUGCUCCAGAAAUUUUACUGGCUAAAGGCCACAACAAAGAAGCAGAUUGGUGGAGUGUUGGGAUACUGUUGUACGAAAUGCUAACCGGACAGCCACCAUAUACACAUGCUAAUCGACAGAAGCUUCAGCAGAGAAUAAUCAAAGAGAAAGUGAAACUUCCACCAUACCUUAGCAGUGAAGCUCAUUCUUUACUUAAAGGAUUACUGCAAAAGGAGCCACCAAGAAGGCUAGGCAGUGGUCCUAGUGGAGGAGACGAGAUCAAAAGUCAUAAAUGGUUUCGGUCAAUCAACUGGAUUAAAUUGGAGGCAAGAGAGCUUCAACCGAAGUUCAUGCCAGAUGUGAGUGGAAAAGACUGUACAGAAAAUUUUGACCGCUGCUGGACAACAAUGCCUCCACAUGAUUCCCCAGCUCCCACACCAACAGCUGGUCAACAUUUCCAAGGGUAUACUUACAUUGCACCUAAUCCCUGGCUUUCCUCUGGGUAGUAUUUAUAUGUAAGAUAAUGAAACCAGCAAUAUGUAAAUAUGCCUCUCCGAAUAAAUAAAUUCUUCCUGGUCAAUUGUUUAAAUUCAAUUGAAUCAAUAGCUUAACUAAUUUUUCAUGUA